CAGCCUCUGAGGACAAAGAAGCUGUGGGAAACACUCAGGAGGGCCUCACUGCCGGUUAGAGUUCAGUAAGCCCCCACAUACAGGGCAGCAAUGCCCCCGAUACCCACCAAGUGCCACAGUCAGGCAGUCAGGCUGGGGGUGGUGGACUGUGUGGCCACGGCAGGCCUGGCUGGUCGCUCUGUGGUUCCCUGGGCCUCCUGAGGUUCACUGGCCAACAACCCAGCCUCUUACCACUUCUCCUUCAGGCAGGAUCUGGAGGUGGGUCCAGGACUCACUCAGGGUCCUGGUCUGGGGUCUCCCUGGAAGCUGCUGGUAACAAACAGCCCCUCCCCUUUUGGUGCUGGUAUCCAUGGCAACACUGUAAAGCCUUUCUUUCCCUAGGCCUGCUUGGGUUUCAGGCCUCAGGUGAGUGUUGGGGGUAAGGCCCUGGGUCUGGGGGCAUCACGGGCGAAGGAUUAACACCUCUGGGGACCUUUGCCUUAGGCUGAGGGCAGGACCUCAGGUCGUAGAGGGCAAGGGUGACAGAGAGACAACAGGAAAUGUGCAAACAUCCUGGUGACAUGUUGCUUGGGGAAGGGGGUGGGGGACAGUUAUCUGCUGCCUUGUCCUGGUCAGAAACACACAGACAUAGACACACAUGUGGCCAGCAAUCUGGUGUCCUGGGGGCGUGCACGUGCGCAUGCACACGCAUGCGCGCACUCACACAAGGGCAUUUUUGGAGUGAUGCUGUCUAGGGCUGUCAGACACAGGCACACACUUGUGGCCAUGAAAGAAGAGCCCCACGUGGUACCUACCCAUGGGACACAAGGAUGACAGCCACACUACCCAUCUCAGCUCCCCCAGGAACAUCGAGAAUGGCCCCUGAGCCUUGCCAAGAGGCUGAAAAAGCUGAGAAACAGGCUGCCUUAUCCCUGGCGGACCAAGAGCCGGUCAGUGACCAUCUGGAGCCUCCAGCUGGCACACCCAAAGACCCAGUGGCUCCUGCAUGCCUGAAGGACACCAAGCCCAGCUCCACGCCUGUGGUCUUCCCCGUCAACCUGCAGUUGGCCCCUGAGUCCUUGGACCCCCGCACCCUGCGGCUGCUGUGGGGUCAGCGGGAACUGGAGAUCCAGGCUCUGCGGUGGACCAUCCAGAACCGCCAGAAUGCCCGGCACUGCCACAUCCUGUACGAGGUGGCUGGACUGCCACCCGAGAGUUGCUCACACAGUCAGGAGAAGCUCCUGCAGAACCAGAUCCAGAAACUGACUCUGGAGUUGAAAGGGCAGAAGGAACAGGCCCAACUGGAGAAGUCCCAGCUGGAGACUGAGCUGCAGGCGUUCCAGAGGUCCUGCCUCCUGCAGCUGGUCCGCUCCUCCUGGGUGGGUCGCGUGCUGCGAUCUUCCACCGGCAGUGUGGAGGUGGUAACUGCAGAAACUCUGAUGGACUCCAGUGACCUCUCUGAGAAUGACCAGGUCCCCUCUACUGGAGAGGGUUUCCGGCUGGAGGACGUAGACUGGAACAGCAUUGCCCAUCGGUAUCCCAACCUCCUCGCCAACAUCAAGUCCAACUCAGAUCAAAAGCACCCCCGGGCCUUGCCAUCCCCACCGGCCCCAGUGCCUGGCCAGUGGGGCUCGGAGCUGCAUAGAGAGUGUGUGGAACAGCAUCUCAAGAGUGUCGAGUGGCGUUCCCUGCCCUCUGUGGGCACCAGCAGCUCAGGGGGCACAGACUCCAACCCCGGCAGUGGCUGGCUGGCUGAGCCUCAUCGCGUGCAGAAGGUGACGGGACAGCCACCCUCCGCUGCAGGCCGCAGUUCUGAGUUGACAGAGCCACACCGGAGCAGCUUCGGCAGGGAAAUGCAGGCACUGCUUGAAGCCCCCAGGGCCAUCCCUCCUGCUGUGGAUCUGACCCCUGGAGCUGUUCCUCUCCCAUGUGAGGCCUCAGGGUACUGCAGCCCCAUUAACUCCAGCCUGAAGAUCGUGGCCGUGAGCCGCAAGGAGAGGUUCGUGCGCGUCCUCAACCAGUCUCUGGAGGAGACCGCCGACCUGGGCGGCCUCACGCUGCGGCAGCUCCUGUACGGCUUCCCGGUGUGCAUGUACCGCUUCCCGCCCGGCACGCUGCUGGCUCCACGGCACCACGUUACGGUUUGGGGCGAGGGCCCCGGCAGCACCAAGAAGCGGCCGCCGUCGUCCUUGGGCCAAGAGCCUGUCCACUUCCAUUCUGGCCGGGGAUGCGUGACUCUCCUCCUGAACCCCAAGGGCGAGGUCAGGGUCCUGAGCGAGCACCGGGCCCCCCACUGCGUGACCCCGGUCUCGAGGAUCUUCGCUGACAACACCGACCUCUCCGUAGACCGCUUCCCGCUCUCAGAGGACGGACUUGGGGCCGACCCCGGGGAGCAGAGUCGCGGGCCUCAACACUCGCGCGCGGGCAGGGUGCGGGAGGCCGGAGCCAGACGCCGGAGGCCCGGGACGCGGGGCCUCUUGCCGCGGCUGAGCACCAGCAAGCUCUUCCGCCCGCGGGAGGUGCCGGCGCGGCCCGAGGCCGCCGAGACCCGCACGCCCGAGCUCCUGCCCGCCUUGCCCGGUGAGCGCAGGGGGACGCGGAGGGCGGGCGGACCGGCGGGGAGUGGGAGUCCGGCCGACCCCAUCCCGUCGCUGUCCCUCGCAGAGGCCGGGCUGUGCCUGGAGCACUGCGGGGCUAGGAAGGAGCACAGGGUCCGGGUGUGCAGGAGGAGCGUGGACCGGGGCUGCCCGAUGGUAGCGCUGUCAGUGCAGAGCACGGCUGAGAGCAGAUACGGCUUCCGCUUCCUCCCCUGCCCGCCGGUCACCGCGGACCCGGGCGCUCGGGUGUAGAAGGUGGAGGGCAGCGCGGGCGUGGGCGCCCAAGGCCGAUGGGCCGCGCUGGGAGAAAGUCGUGGGAGACCCGCAGUGCCAGCUGCACAAUUUAUUGAACCAACGUCGCCUACGAAGUAAACCGCAUUCAUGGACA